CAUUCCACCAUUCCAUGAAAGAACAUGGGAGAAGGUAGAUGUUGAAGGAUCUUGUAAUUUUUUCGUGUUGCCGAUCUUUUAAAACAGAGACGAAGCAACGCAUACGAAAUUUUUGACGAGAUUAGGUCGUCAUUACUCUGAAGCAUGGCAGAGUAUCUCGACUCUGAAGCGGACGUGAGCGAGGGUGAGGAGGAGUUGGAUCAGAAUGAGAAGAAAAAACUGAGGAAGUUGAAAGCGGUGGAGGAGAGCGACGACGAGGAGGAAGAUGAUGAGGAUCAGUUGCGCGAGGAACUGAAAGAUUUGAUAGAUGACAAUCCUAUAGAGGAAAGUGAAGGUGAAGACAGUGACGGUUCUGAUCAUCAUAAAAAGCGUAAGAAAAGUGAUGAUGAGGAUUUUGAUGAUCGCUUGGAAGAUGAAGACUACGAUCUGAUUGAAGAAAAUUUAGGCGUUAAGCUUGAAAGAAAACGUUUUAAACGUCUUCGAAGAAUCCAAGAUGAGGAAUCAGAGGAAGAACAAGAAAAAGAAGCAGACGAAGAAAGGGACGCUAUUGCGAAUGAAUUGUUUGAAGGUUCCGGAGAUGAAAGGGAUGUUAUUACGGAGGACGAAAGACGGAGUGAACGAAGUCAUAGACCGGAGGCGGAUACCUUUGAGGAAGGUAGUGAUGAAGGCGAAUACACUGAUGCGGAUGAUUUUAUUGUUGACGAUGAUGGUAGACCUAUCGCAGAGAAAAGAAAGAAAAAGAAACCAAUAUUUUCUGAUGCAGCAUUGCAAGAAGCACAGGACAUUUUUGGUGUUGAUUUUGAUUAUAAUGAAUUCGAUAAAUAUGGCGAAGAGGAUUAUGAGGAAGAAGAGGAAGAAGAAGAGGAUGAAUACAUGGAUGAAGAUGUUGAUAUUGAACGACCGCGGCGACCGAAGAAGCAAUUGAAGAAAAAGACCACGAGGAAGAGUAUCUUCGAGAUUUAUGAGCCUAGUGAAUUGAAACGCGGUCACUUUACUGAUAUGGAUAAUGAGAUACGUAAUACAGAUAUACCAGAAAGAAUGCAACUUAGAUCUGUACCAGUCACAUCAGUUCAGGAAGGUUCUGAUGAACUAGAUCUCGAAGCAGAAUGGAUCUAUAAGCAAGCAUUUUGCAAGCCUACAGUCUCCAUUCAGGAUGCCCACUUGAAUGCUGAGGCUAAGGAACGAGCACGAAAAGGACCACAGACUAUCGGCAAGAUCAAGAAAGCCUUGGACUUUAUGCGCAAUCAACACUUUGAAGUUCCUUUUAUAUCUUUCUAUAGAAAGGAGUAUGUGUUGCCCGAGUUGAACAUUAAUGACUUGUGGAAAGUUUAUAAGUUUGACGCGAAAUGGUGUCAGUUGAGCCAACGGAAAGAGAACCUGCUCAAACUAUUUAAUAAGAUGCGCAAUUAUCAACUGGAUGAAAUCAUGAAGAAUCCAGACGCACCGUUGCCAGAUAAUGUACGAGUGAUUAAAGACGACGACAUUGAGCGACUGAAGAAUGUGCAGACAAGUGAAGAGCUCAAUGAUGUCUAUAAUCAUUUUAUGUUGUAUUAUAGUCAUGAGAUUCAGGCGAUGCAGGAAUCCGUGCGACAGAAGGAGAAGCAAGCACGACGUGAAGAGAGGAUUCAGCGACGUAAACAACAAAUUGCUGAGGCAGAAGAAAAUGGAGAGGAUCCACCGGAGGAGGAAGAAAUACCAGAGGAAGAAGAAGUCGACGAUACGCUGAAGCAAGCUGUUAGAAGCGGCCCGUACUCAAUCUGUCGGAAGGCCGGUUUGGAUAGUCUAGCGAAAAAGUUUGGCCUAACACCCGAACACUACGCCGAGAAUCUGCGUGAUAAUUAUCAGCGUCACGAGGUGGAUCAAGAGCCGACCGAGCCAACGACAAUCGCGACCGAGUACUCCAGUUCGCGAUUUAAGGCCGCAGAAGAAGUAUUGAAGGCUGCUCAGCUGAUGGUGGCAAUUCAAUUGGCACGCGAGCCGCUCGUGCGUAAAUGCGUGCGUGAGAUGUACAUGGAACGCGCUAAGAUGUCCGUGAAGCCAACGAAGAAGGGCAUUAAAGAGAUCGAUGAGAAUCAUCCAAUCUACACAAUGAAAUAUCUGAAGGACAAGCCAGUGCGUGAUCUAGUAGGCGUUCAAUUCUUGAAUCUGAUGAUUGCCGAAGAGGACAAACUCAUUACGAUUACACUCAGUGACACUAUUGAGGGUAACACCAGCAAUAACUAUGUCGACGAAAUGAAACAACUCUAUUGCCGUGAUGAGUUCAGCAAACUCGUACAAGAUUGGAAUGCUUUGCGUGUAGGCAGCGUUGAAAUCGCUCUUAAUCGCAUGGUAAUACCACAUCUAAAGAAAGAGUUGCGCGCAAAUUUAAUCGCUGAGGCGAAGGAAUGCGUGAUGCGCUCGUGUUGCCGCAAGAUGUACAAUUGGAUUAAGGUCGCGCCAUACAGCUGUGAGUUCCCUGAAGAGGAGGAUGAGGAAUGGGACACCAGUAAAGGCCUGCGCGUCAUGGGCUUGUCUUACGUGCCUGAUUAUUCGCAGGCAGCUUUUACCUGUUUGAUCGCGGCUGAUGGAGAAUGUACGGAUUACCUACGCUUACCGCAUUUGAUGAAGCGCAAGAACAGUUAUCGCGAAAACGAGAAGACGCUGAAGGAGGCCGAUUUACUAGCGUUAAAGAACUUUAUAGCCACGAAGAAACCACAUGUGAUCGUGGUGGCUGGUGAGUCUCGGGAAGCAAUGAUGAUCGCUGCUGAUAUCAAGGAGUGUAUCACACAUUUGUCGGAAGAAGAACAGUUUCCUAAUAUCCAGGUGGAGAUAUGCGACAACGAACUCGCCAAGAUCUACGCCAAUAGUAACAAAGGGAAUUCGGAGUUCCGGGAUUAUCCGGAGCUGUUACGUCAGGCUAUUUCGUUGGCGAGAAGGAUGCAGGAUCCACUAGUGGAGUUCUCACAAUUAUGUACGGCUGACGAAGAGAUUCUCUGUCUCAAAUAUCACAAUUUGCAGGAUCAGUUACCUAAGGAAGAACUGUUAGAAAAUCUAUAUUUGGAAUUCGUAAAUCGCGUGAAUGAAGUUGGCGUAGAUGUGAAUAAGGCAGUCCAACAAGCAUACUGUGGCAAUCUUGUUCAAUUUGUUUGCGGUCUUGGUCCACGAAAGGGUCAGGCAUUGAUCAAGAUGCUGAAGCAAACAAAUCAACGAUUAGAGAACAGAACGCAGUUAGUUACAGCAUGUCAUAUGGGACCAAAAGUAUUCAUCAAUUGCGCUGGAUUCAUCAAAAUCGACACUAAUAGCCUUGGCGACAGUACCGAAGCGUAUGUAGAAGUGCUCGACGGUUCACGCGUACAUCCCGAGACUUAUGAAUGGGCCAGAAAGAUGGCAGUUGAUGCACUGGAAUAUGACGACGAGGACGCCAAUCCUGCUGGCGCUUUGGAGGAGAUACUUGAAUCGCCAGAACGCUUGAAAGAUUUGGAUCUCGACGCUUUCGCAGAAGAACUCGAGCGGCAAGGUUUCGGUAAUAAAUGCGUUACUCUCUACGAUAUCAGAGCCGAGUUAAACAGCCGAUACAAAGAUCUCCGUGUAUUAUAUCAAUCGUCGAGCGCGGAAAAAUUGUUCGAUGUUUUGACAAAGGAAACACCCGAGACUUUUUACGUCGGCAAGCUAGUGUUAGCUACCGUGGUCGGCAUCAGUCAUCGAAAACCACAGGGCGAUCAGCUUGAUCAGGCGAAUCCGGUGCGAAACGAAGAGACUGGUCUGUGGCAAUGUCCUUUCUGCUUGAAGAACGACUUUCCCGAAUUGUCGGAGGUGUGGAAUCACUUCGAUGCUGGCGCUUGUCCAGGUAAAGCUACCGGCGUGAGACUGCGACUGGACAAUGGUAUCUCCGGUUAUAUUCACAUCAAGAAUUUGUCGGACCGGCACGUCGCAAACCCCUGCGAGAGAGUCGGUAUGGGACAGAUCAUUCAUUGCCGGAUCAUUAAAAUCGAGGUAGACCGAUUCAGUGUCGAAUGUACCAGCAAGAGCAGCGAUCUCGCUGAUAAAAAUCAUGAAUGGAGGCCACAGCGAGAUCCAUUUUAUGACACCGAAUCCGAGCAAAGAGAUAUUAAGGUAGAAGAGGACGCGAAGAAGGCAAAACAGCGGCAGAUUUAUGUGAAACGCGUUAUCGUCCAUCCAUCCUUCCAUAAUAUCAGUUUCGCCGAGACUGUAAAAUUAAUGCAGACAAUGAAGCAGGGCGAAGCAAUAGUGAGACCGAGCAGCAAAGGCGCCGACCAUUUGACAGUCACGUGGAAAGUUACUGAUGACAUUUUACAGCACAUUGACGUUCGUGAAGAGGGUAAAGAGAAUGCUUUUUCAUUGGGACAAAGCCUGUGGAUAGGCAACGAGGAAUUUGAAGAUCUAGACGAGAUUAUCGCUCGACAUGUAAAUCCUAUGGCCGCUUAUGCCUCUGAAUUGCUGGAUUUCAAAUACUACAAGCCCACUGUAGAGGGAAUCAAGGAUAAAGCGGAGGAAAUAUUAAAAGAACAGAAAAAGGAGAAUCCUAAUGGAAUUCCAUAUAUCAUAUCAGCAGCUAAGACUUAUCCUGGAAAAUUCUUACUCUCAUAUCUGCCACGCACUCGUUGCCGUCACGAGUAUGUCACAGUAACAUCCGAAGGCUUCAGAUUUCGGGCGCAGAUGUUCGGUAGAGUGAGCGACCUAUUGCGCUGGUUCAAGGAACAUUUUAGGGAUCCCGUUCCUGGACAAUCCACUCCUAGUACACCGCGUGGUGCGAUGACUUCUAGAACACCUUACACUACUACGCCAGGAACAGUCAGCGGAAUGAAUCAAGAAGCAAUACAACGAGUUGCACAGAAUCUUCCACAUCACAUGUUGCACUCGUUAUCACAAGUGGCGAAUCAAACGCCACAUCAUUAUCCGCCACACACCCCAGGAGCGGCUAGUACUACCGGCUAUGGCGGAGGACACACGUAUCCCAAUACGCCGUACACGCCGUCUGGUCAAACUCCGUUUAUGACCCCGUACCAGACGCCGCAUCAUACGCCGCAUCAUAGCCAGCCUACUCCCAGAUACGGUCAACAAACCCCUAGCCAUCAUCAAGGGCCCUUUGUACAUCCGCCGCCGCCCUCGAUGACACCCAGCCAUCACAGAUCUGCUCAAUCGCACAGACCUACACCACCCAUAUCUACUCCUUCCGGUGAUCCCAUGGAUUGGAAGAAGGCCGCCGAAGCAUGGGCACGUUUAAAAAGCGGUCCUCGAGUCUCUGGAUCGACGCCUAGAUACGAAGAGUCUAGAAAAACUCCGCGUAGCUAUGACGAAUCAUCUGGCAGAACGACGCCUUCCGGAAGGAGUAGACCCUCUACACGUACUCCAUCGUAUAAAUCUCCGCGAGGUACUCCACACACGAAUUCUAGUCCUCGGAGUAUGUCCCUCAGCGGAGAUGGUACUCCUUUAUACGACGAGAGCUAACGGGAUUGUGCAUAGCUGAUUUAUAUUUAUUAAUUACGUCUCGUAUCAUGCUAUGUAUGAAAUAGUAAGAGUACGCAUCGCGAAACAUCGUCGAUCACUCGCGUCGAAUUGAUCGUUGUAGACAUGCAACAUGCGUAAUGAAUUCCACUUUCUUGCACGCGAGAUUUGCGAAUCAAGAAAGGAAUCAUCGAUUGGUUAUUAUAAACUACGGUGUUAUACUGUAAUUUAUUUAUUAUAUAAUAUUUCCGCGGUUUUUUCCUAUGUACAUAAUAAAAUUUUAUGGAAACUUUAUAAAGGCCUCACGAACACGCUCUGCAAUUUCUUGAUUCACUUUCCUACACAUUGAUGGCAUCAAUGAGAAAAAUAAUUUGAAUAAAAAAUUGGAAUUUACUAUAAUUUUCGAACGGUUUUUAUU